CGACACCCGGGACCGGGAGGAAUAUGAUGAUGGCGAGAAGCCCCUCCACGUCUACUACUGUUUGUGCGGCCAAAUGGUCCUGGUGCUGGCAGGUCAUUGUGAAGAGUAAUGAGCUAAUGUAUGAACUGCCUGCUGUUCUCCAGCUCCCUCUCUACCUCCUCCAUUAAUCUCCAGUCACUCUGAUCACUUGACUUCUCUGUGAUCCUUUAGACUGUCAGUUAGAGAAAUUGCCCAUGAGGCCCCGGGAUCGGUCCCGUGUGAUUGAUGCUGCCAAACAUGCCCACAAGUUUUGUAACACAGAAGAUGAGGAGACUAUGUAUCUUCGGAGGCCUGAAGGCAUUGAACGACAGUACAGGAAGAAGUGUGCAAAGUGUGGACUGCCACUCUUCUACCAGUCCCAGCCGAAGAAUGCUCCCGUGACCUUCAUUGUGGAUGGAGCAGUAGUCAAGUUUGGCCAGGGUUUUGGGAAAACAAAUAUAUAUACUCAGAAACAAGAGCCUCCUAAGAAGGUGAUGAUGACCAAACGGACCAAAGACAUGGGCAAGUUCAGCUCUGUCACUGUGUCUACUAUCGAUGAAGAAGAAGAGGAGAUUGAGGCUAGGGAAGUUGCUGACUCGUAUGCACAGAAUGCCAAAGUUAUUGAAAAACAGCUGGAGCGCAAAGGCAUGAGCAAAAGGCGGCUGCAAGAGCUGGCUGAACUGGAAGCCAAGAAAGCGAAAAUGAAGGGGACCUUGAUUGACAACCAGUUCAAAUGAUCAGGACCUUUCUCUGAACACAGACUGGAGGCAAGCAUUUAGAUCGAGAGGAAAAAGAACUUUUUUCUUGACUACAUGGACUGGUCCCUACCUUUAUGCCCUAGCAGAAGGCUUUACGUUGCUUCCCAUUGAUUUUCCUACAUUCAGUGAGGUCUUUGAGUCCAUCUGACCUGCUUUCUAGAGAUGGGUUUUUCUAAAUCUUUCUGUAUAUAGGUCUUCUGUACUAUUUUUUGUCCAUUUGAUGUAAACUUCUUCAGCUGCGUAUAAACCCUAAGAAUAGAUCAGUGCUUGAGUGUCUCUAGUUUCUAAAGUAGCUGUUCUUAUUCUUCUUCAAAGUUAAUAAAAUGUUUAAAGAUUUUUGAAAAAAAUAUUAUGAUGUGUCAUAGAAAAAAGCACCCUGAAUUAUAUUUAAAGUUACAGCAAGUCAGAUCCUUUUAAGUGACUCUGUCUUUAUCCUUAGACUAGCAGGUAUUGGCUAUGGUUUGAAUCUCUCUACUGUCAGAGAAAAUUCAUAAAAAGCCAGAAUCUGCAUAAAGCUUCCUUUACUUCAAAUAUUAAAGCUGUAGGUGAGCCAGUCACGUAGCUGAGAUCUCAAUGAAAAUGGGGUCUCGAUAAGCAACCCUGGGGAGGUGUCAUCCUCUCAAGCAGCUGAGAGUGCUGCUUCAUGUGUGGACGCAUGGCAAGGAGACAGUAUAGAGUAAGAAAUGAGACUGAGGUAAACAAAAGUAUCUGUUGGGUAUCUUUUAUUUCACAUUUGCUAUUUGUGGGGGAGUGUUAUAUGUAAAUAUUUAGUGUCACGCUGCUGCAGUGAUAUCAAUAUGCAGUGUUUGCAUCCAUGUUUUUAUCUCUUCAACUGUAUGACAAGGUAUUGGGGCAGGAAGAGUGUUUCAACCUCCUUGUAUUAUCUACAGCAGGUUGUACUUAGUAGGUGCCCAAGGUGUGUAUGUGAGGUGCUGUUGGGAAAUAGCAGAGCGUUUUUCUUUGUUUUUUUCCCCUGAUUUCUCUGUUUGGAAGGAAAAGUAGGUUGGAGUGGGGGUAGAUGUGAGCUAGCAAGCUGGGAGAAAGAGGGGUGGGGGUCCUGGGAAAGCCUGGAGUGGGGCUGUGUUACCAUCUUCCCAGUUAUUCUCCUGCAUCCAGUGAAGUCUUUGCAACUGAGUCUUCCUCUCCACCUCGUUUCCUGUCCUCAUUCAGAGAAAUAAUUAGGCAUCAUGUGAUAACCAACCAUAACCUCCUCACAGUUCCUUGACCUCAACUCCAAGCAAUGGCCUUUACCUUCACUCCACUUUAGCCACAAAUUCCCCUGACCACAGCCUGGAUGUCAUCUCCGCCACCUCUGAAAUCCAAUGUUCUAUUCCCCAACCACAACCUCCUAUCGUAGCUACUUUCAUACUCUCACUUUCACUAAACCUGUUUUGUUUUGUUUUUAGAUUUGAAGGGUGAUUAUUUUAUUAGUAGUAAGAAUCAAAGAUAGUAGUAGUAAUAAUGAUACUAAUACUAGCUACUUUUUAUUAAGUACUUACUAUGUGUCAGGUGCCAUGAGCAGCACUAUACCUGUAAGUAUUAUCUUACUCUACACAAGACGGUAAUCCUAUGAAAUAGGUUUAACUAUUGUCAUUCUCAUUUUACAGAUGAGUACUCUGAAGCUCUGAGAGUUUAAUAAGUUUCCCAAGAUCCCAUAGCCAGUAAGUGAUGAAGCCAGAAAUAUGACUGUAGAACUAUGCUGAACUGCUUCUCCUGUGGGAUUUUAAAAAAUAUAUUAUUGAGAACAGAUUGCAAUUUCAUUUUGAGAAAUCAACUGAAGUGCAAUGUCGACACUUGCCUAGAGGAUUCCCUGAAGCAAAUGUGUGGUUACCUGUCUACAUAUUUUCUGAAAUAUCUGUCCUUAGAUACUAAUCCUAAACCAUUUCAACAUCUGGUUCAAAUUAUGCAUUUUGCUUAAUCUUUAAGACUGCAAAUUGUUAUAUUGUUAGCACCAAGCAAGCAUGUGCUCUUCAUUAUGUUUUAUUCUUUCAUUGAAAUAAUUAUUAAACUAACAUGACAUAG